UUCCGCCUCCCGAGAGUACAGCAACCUAGUGGGUUGGGAAUGCCAGGGGUCUGACCUCCCCUUCCUCCUAGUGGGAUACAGCAGGGUCUCACUCCUGCCUGGCCACGUGGAAGCCACCCCUUCCUCUAGAUCUUGGCCGGCGUCCAGAGGAGUCCCUCUGUGGGCUCGUGCUCGACUCCCCGAGACAUUCUGUCCGGGAUGUCGGAGUCAGACUCCGAACUGGAGUCGGAGUCCGUGUUCCCUCAGGAGGACGGGCUCUUCGCUGAUUCUUACACAGAAGAGACUCAGUUCCACUUCUGCGGUCAUGUGCUGAGCAUCAAACAGAGCUUCGGGGCUCGGCUUGGGGUGGCUGCGCCUGUGUGGGAAGCGGCGCUGAGCCUAUGCAGUUACUUCGAGAGGAAAAAUCUCGACUUCCGAGGCAAGAAGGUGAUUGAGCUGGGCGCGGGGACUGGCAUCGUGGGCAUUCUGGCAGCUCUGCAAGGGGGAGAUGUCACUAUCACUGAUCUGCCUCUGGCCCUGGAGCAGAUUCAGGGAAACGUUCAAGCUAACAUACCAGUUGGUGGCCGAGCACAGGUCCGCGCUUUGUCCUGGGGACUGGACCAGGGUGUGUUUCCUGAAGACUAUGACUUGGUGUUAGGGGCUGAUAUCGUGUAUCUGGAGCCCACCUUUCCACUGCUCCUGGGCACCCUUAGACAUCUCUGUGGACCAAAUGGCACCAUCUAUCUGGCCUCCAAGAUGAGGGAAGAGCACAGGACAGAGAGUUUCUUUCACGAUAUGUUACCACAGCAUUUUCAGUUGGAGCUGGCACAGCGGGAUGAGGAAGAGAACAUUAACAUAUACAGGGCUACACACAGGGGAGGCUGAAGACUCCCCUGUGCCUCCACAUCCAGUUCUUUCUCACUUCUGCCCACACACAUUCUUCUGAUCUGUCUUCUUCCUCUUGGUAUUGGAAAGAGGUGAAGAGUAUUAGCCUAUAGAGAA